AUAAACAGCACCACGGGUAAGAGGAGAAAUCUGUAUUUUUGAUUUUGGGUGAACUGUCCCUUUAACAGCGCCCCGGCAGCCACACCGCUCACUCAUCGUCAGCCAUGUUGUUGGUUUGACACUCGGAGCUGUCAGCAACAGGUCUCUGAGUGGCAACGCUGCUAAACUUUUUAAACAUUUCCCCAUCAAAUAUUGCUGUUUUUGGAUAAUAAACCUCUACAGAGUGUCUGGGAAACCGUCCAGAAGUGGUAGAUGACAACUUCAGGUCCUACAGACGCUCGGAAGUUGAUGUUUUUUGUUCAUGAUGGCUGCGAGCAGUAGCUGAGGACGCCGCCGGGAGUUCCCCCUCUCUGCCUCUGCCACCUGCAAAUAUGAAUGGUGGUCCAAGUGUAUGGGCAAUCUCUCCAGAGGAGAGGGUCAAACAUGACCAGACGUUUGACACCCUCUCCCCAUCAAUGGGCUAUGUCUCAGGGGAGCAGGCAAGGAAGUUUUUUCUCCAAUCAGGGCUGCCUGCUUCAGUGUUGGCUGAGAUAUGGGCUUUGGCUGAUAUGAAUAAAGAUGGGAAGAUGGACAGGUUAGAGUUUUCCAUCGCUAUGAAGCUUAUAAAGCUAAAACUCCAGGGUACAUCGCUUCCCUUAGCACUGCCAAUAAUCAUGAAGCAACCUCCAGUGCCUGCUCCAACCCUCCAUAACCCCACCUCAUCCAUGACCAACCAAGCUUAUGGUAUGGGUUCUGUACCUAACAUGUCCAUGAUGCCCGGGACAAACCUUGCCAUGUUGACCCCUCUCUCCAUGGCAACCCCUGGACUCUCACCUUUGACACCUAUGUCAGGCCUCACCCCUUUGGUUCCUACAGCAACAGGCCUGAGUCCUCUAAUAGCCUCCACCCCCACCAGGCCCCUGAUGCCCACCGUGGGAAACGCCACCCUGCCAAAUGGCACCAUGGGAAUUCUCCAUCCAAUCCCAGCUGGAGCUUUGGCCACUGGCCUACCUUUCUCUGCAUCCCCCUACUCCUCUCCGCUAGGACUCUCCUCUGGUGCUCCUGCUGGUACAAACAAGGCCUCAUCGCUGCUGGACCUAGCAUCUAGCAGCUCCUCUUCCUCAUCCCCCUCUGUGAUGUCCCCCAUGGUUGCUGGUCCCAGCGACUGGGCUGUGCCACAUGCCUCCAGACUCAAAUACAGACAGCAGUUCAACGGCUUGGAUAAACAGAUGAUUGGAUACCUCACUGGUCAGCAGGUGAGAGGUGCCAUGGCAACCACGAUGCUGACUCAGACACAGCUGGCUUCCAUCUGGAAUUUAGCUGAUGUGGAUAAGGACGGCAAGCUCAAAGCUGAGGAGUUUAUUCUGGCAAUGCAUCUUGUGGAUGUGGCAAAGACUGGACAACAACUGCCUCUGACUCUGCCAGCUGAGCUGGUGCCACCCUCACGAAGGGGUGCAGUGAAUGGAUCCAGCUCUUCUGUCUAUGCAGCUCUGACUGAUGACUUGGACAUAGAACCUCCACAGAAAGCCAAAGCCAACUUUUCGUUCGAGGAUAAAUUCAAAGCUAACCUGGAGCGGGGGAACGCAGAACUGGAGAAAAGACGACUAGCUCUACAGGAGGCGGAGAGGAGAGAGAAGGAGCGGCGCGCUCAGAAGGAGAGAGAGGAGCAAGAGAGGAGAGAGAGGGAGGCUCGGGAGGCCGAGGAGAGGAGGCGGAAAGAGGAGGAGAGGAGGCUGGAGCGACAGAGGGAGCUGGAGAGGCAGAGAGAGGAAGAGCGACAGAGAGAGAUAGAGAGAAAAGAGGCUGCACAGCGAGAGCUUGAGCGUCAGAGGAAGGAGGAGUGGGAGAGGAGGCGGCGAGGAGAGCUCCAGAUAAAGAGGGAGCAGGAGCAGGAUGAUAUCAUCAGAUUGAAAGCUAAGAAAAGGAGUCUAGAGAUGGAGCUGGAGGCUGUGGGUAACAAGCACCGUCAGAUCUCAGACCGGCUGCGUGACUUUCAGAACAAGAAGAAGCUUCAUAAGACAGAGCUGGAUCUGACCAAUCAAAGGAUAGAGACAUGCCACCAGGAAAUGAACAACCUGCAGAAACAGCUAGAGGAGUUCCAGAGGAAGUUGUCCCAGCUGACUCCAGAGCAGAAGAGACUGACUGAAAAACUCAAAAACAUGGCUCUAAAUAACCUGCCUGUGUCGACCAUGUCCACCCUGAAGGUGAGCGUUACAGAGAAAAAAGAGAUGUGUAUGAAACUGCGAAAGCAGCUGGAAGGUCUGGAGAAAGACACUGCUGCCAAACUGGAUGAGAUGGACCAGUAUAACAAAGAUAUGCAGGAACUGAGAGAGAGCCAGAGAAAACAGCAGGCAGCACUAGAGAAACUACGUAGCAUCAAAGAGGACAAACGGCAUGAGCUGAUACGAAGGAAGGAGCAGGAAGAGGAGAAGAGGAGGAGGGAUGAGGAGAGGAAACAACAGGAGGAGAGGAGGCGGAGGGAGGAGGAGGAAGCUCAGAGGCGUAUUAAGAUGGAAAAAGAGCGUCAGUGGCAGGAGAAGCUAAGGAGGGAUGAAGAGGAGCAUCAGAGGAGGCUUCAGGAGGAGCGAGAGGCCAAAAAGAGGGAGGAGGAGGAGAAAGAGAGACAAGCUCUCAUCCAGGCUGCCAAGGAACAGGCCGAACGAGAGCUCAGAGCAAAGGAGGAGGCAGAGCGGAAGAGGAGAGAAGCAGAGGAGAGGAAGAAAAGAGAAGAGGAGGAGCGGCAGAAGCAAGAGGAGAGAUGGAGGCAGCAGGAGGAGAGGAGAAAGCUGGAGGAAGAGAGGAGGCAGCUAGAGGAUGAGAGGAGGAAACUGGAGGAAGAGAGAAGGAAAGAGGAGAAGAGACGGAAAGAAGAGGAGGAGCGACGCAGGAGGGAGGAAGAGAGGAAGCGGUUAGAAGAGGAGCAGAGAGAGGAGGAUCGUAGAAGAGAGAGGGAGGAGGAAGAGAGGAGGAGACAGAGGGCAACCUCGGCCGCCAUCCGAGAUGCGGAGGAGAGGAAAAAGCGAGAGGCGGAGGAGGAGGAGAGGAGGAAGAGGGAUGAAGACAGGAGGAAGCUUCAGCAGCAGCAGCAGGAAGAGGAGAGGAGGAAGCGUGAGGAGGAAACAAAGAGGGUAGAAGAGGAGAGGAAGAGAAAGGAAGAGGAGAGGAGGAAAGCUGAGGAGGAGAGAACGAGGAAAGAGGAGGCAUCUCGUCAGCAGCAGCAGGCGAGUGGAGGAGGGAAGCUGGAUAUUCAGGAGAAACUGACGGCUCUGCUGAGAGGACUGGAGGAGAGGAAGGGGGGACAACCCAGGGCCACACAACACAGGAAGUCAGCGGCUCUCACAUCCUUCAAAGCGCUCUACCCGUUCACUGAACGAAAUAAUGAAGAGCUCAGCUUUAAUGCAGAUGAUGUCAUCGAGGUGGAUGAGACGACAGAGCGGGAGGAGGGUUGGCUGUAUGGCAGCAGACAGGGGAAGAUGGGCUGGUUCCCAGAGAGCUACGUUGAGAGAGUGGCCCCACCGGGCACAACUAAUAAUGCUGCUGCUCCUAAAUUGCAGCUCCAGUCACAGCUUUCCAGUGCCCUUGAGGCUGUCAAGGCAGCAGGGACAAAGUCUGCCUUCACGCCAACGCACUUUCCAAACCCUGCACCCUCUGAGAUACACGGACAGCAGGUGGUGGGUAACCUAUUGGCUCAGGCCCUGUGUUCGUGGACAGCAAAGACAGAAAACCAUCUGAACUUUAAUAAGGACGAUGUCAUUCAGGUGCUAGAGCAGCAGGAGAACUGGUGGCUCGGAGAGCUGAACGGUGAACGGGGCUGGUUCCCCAAGACAUAUGUGACACUGCUGGGAGGAGAAGAGAGUUCAGACAUGAAGAGCUCCACUCCUGAUGCUUCAGAGUCUAGCGACAGCCUGCAGCCUGAAGAAUAUGUGGCGUUGUACACCUACGAGUCUCCAGAGCCUGGUGAUCUGACGUUUAGAGAGGGAGAUGUGAUCUUGGUGAGCAAGAGAGAGGGAGAGUGGUGGAACGGCUCUAUAGGCGACUGCACAGGCCUCUUCCCCAGCAACUAUGUCAAACCUAAAGAGACAGAUACAUCAAGCAAAUCUGGAAAGAAGAAGUCAGAGAUUGCCCAGGUGGUUAGGGCCCACUCCUCUACCAGCCCCGAACAGCUGAAUCUGGAAAAUGGCCAGCUCAUCCUCAUCCUCAGCAAGAACGCCUCUGGCUGGUGGCUUGGAGAACUGCAGGCUCGUGGUAAAAAGCGUCAGAAGGGCUGGUUCCCUGCUUCUCAUGUCAAAAUAUUGGGAUCCAACAGCGGCAGGUCUACACCAGCACCCCAACCAGUCUGUCAGGUGAUAGCCAUAUACGACUACGCAGCUGCCAACGGGGACGAGAUGAGCUUCUCCAAAGGUCAGCUGAUCAACGUUUUAGACAAGAACAACCCUGAUUGGUGGAAAGGAGAGAUCAAUGGGGCCACGGGUCUGUUCCCCACCAAUUACGUUAAGCUGACCACAGCGGAUUGUGACCCCAGCCAGCAGUGGUGUGCAGACUUGAACAGCCUGGACUCAAUGAGCCCCCAGGAGAAGAAGAGACAGGGUUACAUCCAUGAGCUGAUAGAGACUGAGGAAAGAUACGUGGAAGACUUGCAGACAGUGCUGGAGGUUUUCCAUAAGCCUAUGUCAGAGUCGGGCCGUGUGAAAGAUGCAGAGAUGGUCAUGAUCUUUGUCAACUGGAAAGAACUACUGGCCUGCAACACUAAAUUCCUCAAGGCACUACGUGUUCGUAAGAAGAUUGGCGGGGAGAACAUGCCGGUGCAGCAGAUUGGAGAUAUCCUGGCUACGGAGCUGUCCCAUUUGCAGCCCUACAUCCGCUUCUGCUCCUGCCAGAUCAAUGGGGCCGCACUGCUCCAGACUCGCAUCGACAGCGAGCCAGACUUCAAGAAUUUCCUCAAGAAAAUUGCCACAGACUACAGGUGUAAAGGCAUGCCGCUGUCCAGCUUCCUGCUGAAACCCAUGCAGAGGAUCACACGCUACCCGCUGCACAUCAAAAACAUCCUGGAGUGCACCGCAGAGGGCCACACUGACCGAGGUCCUCUGAAAGAGGCUCUGGAGAGGGCAGAAGAACUUUGUCAACAGGUAAACGAGGGCGUGAGAGAAAAGGAGAACUCUGACAGACUGGAAUGGAUUCAGAACCACGUACAGUGUGAUGGCGCUGCAGAGAACAUGGUCUUUAACUCUCUUACCAACUGUUUGGGCCCCAGGAAACUGCUCCACAGUGGCAAGAUGUACAAGGUAAAGAGCAACAAGGAACUGUGGGCUUUCCUCUUCAACGACUUUCUGCUUCUGACUCAUGCGGCUAAACAGUUCACCUCGUCUGGGCCUGAUAAACUGUUCAGCAACAAGAACAAUGCACAGCUCAAGAUGUACAAGCCGCCUGUGCUUCUAAAUGAAGUUCUGGUGAAGCUGCCGGAUCCUUCCAGCGACGAGCCCAUCUUCCACAUCUCGCACAUCGAUAGAGUUUAUAUACUGAGGACUGACAACAUCAAUGAACGGACAGCGUGGGUUCAAAAGAUCAAGGCUGCUUCUGAAGAAUUCAUUGAGACAGAAAAGAAGAAAAGGGAAAAGGCCUAUCAAGCACGAUCUGUGAAGGCUAGUGGAAUCGGCAGACUCCUUGUCACCAUCUUGGAGGCCACUGAACUCAAGCCGGGCAAACCCAAUGGUAAAAGUAACCCCUACUGUGAAGUAACCAUGGGAGCUCAGAUCUUCACGUCCAGAACGCUCAACGACACUGUGAACCCCAAGUGGAACUUCACAUGUCAGUUUCACAUCAAAGACCUUUACCAGGACGUCCUCUGCAUCACCAUCUUUGAAAGAGACCAGUUUUCACCUGAUGACUUUCUGGGUCGGACAGAGGUUCCCGUGGCAACCAUAAAGAAAGAAUUUGAAAACAAGGGACCAGUAACGCGUCGUCUUCUGCUGCAUGAGGUUCCUACAGGGGAAGUGUGGGUCCGCCUCGACCUGCAGCUCUAUGGCAACAAAUAGCUGUUAAUAGGAUGAACUGAAAUAAUAUCGGAGUCUUUUACAGAGACGUCCAGAUAAGGAUAUUUUCCUCCUGCAGAGUAACCAAAUACGAAAAGCAGCUUUUUGUCACCUAAACAAACUCCCCCCACAUGCCUAAUGUGGAUUAAAAUACCCAAAUCAAACAGGACAACCCUGAACUGCGUUUCACUCAUCAUGCCUUAAUAUGUUAAUAUUAACCAGCACUAAUAAUACAUCAUCUGAAUCUUCCAGUAGGGAUUUGGGUCUGAGUAACAUCAUCUGAACCCACCAAUAGGAGUCAGAUCUCAUCUUUUUUUUCUGGUUCAUGAUUUCAGAUAGAAAAGGUAGCAUGACUAGUGCAGCUGUUUGCACCUGCACAAUAUGUACUGUACACUGAAGGAGUCAGGAGGAAGGACCACACCCUGGCUUCUUAAGCAGUGAAGACAGUGUGUUAUGAAGCUGAAUCUGGGUCCUCUGCUGUAAUAAUUUAUAACGUUCAGAGGACAAAGACUGUUUAGAAGCAAAUAAUAAAAUAAUAUUAAUAAAGCAAUAAAAUAUAAAUAUAUAUAAAUAUGAAGGUUCUUAUCUACUCUGCUGUCUAGACUCCCACAGCUCCGUAUCUGUUACAACAGUUUUAAGUAUUCAGAUUGAGACACACUUUGCCAAGUCCGGUCAACCAAGGCCAUUGAAUGAGCUGAAGUUGAGGUAACAUGUGUUUUUUCUUAACUUACAAGAUAUGUAUAUGUUGAAGGUGUAUUUUUUUUCAGAAGGUUGUGACUGAUGGCUUUCAAGAGACUCUGCUUCAUGGCUGUCUUAUCUGUAGCAUGUCAUCUUUUCAUCGUGACAUUAAGCACAUCAUUAACAGUAGAUGGCAGAUGACGUACAGCAACACGGACUGUGUCGGAACACUCGGACAAGAAUUUUUUUGUCAGCAUCUCUGGUCUAGAGUCAGUUUACUUCUGUAGAUAGAAGAUCUCAGGAUAUGUUGUUCUGGGUUGAGUCUGUGUCACUGUAACAAUGUUGUGUGUGCGUGUGUGUGUGCACGUCUUGAGUGUAGAGGCGUAAACAUACUUAACAUUUAGUUACGUUAUAAUAACAUGCAAAUAUCUUCAGCUUAGGGCUCUUGAUGCUGCAACUUUUGGAGUUAACCCGUAACUUCUGGCCUUAACACAAGUCAUCUUUUAGUCUUUUAAAAUCUGUCAGUUCUUUUGGAUGAUGUUUUGAUGGAGGUCUUAGGAUAGAUGUAUUAGCUUUUUUCUUUCGUGUGCAAAAUCAGCCAAGGCCAAGUAGUCUGAGCGCAAAAUAAUGUAGGUGACACAGGUAUGAAAAGCUGUAUUGAUGAACAUUUCCUUCUACACCUUGAACUCUUACUCCAUCGAGUCAGCUGUUCCUGCCUUCCUUUUCGGUGUAGAGGAUUUUGAAGAUGUCAAUAUUUUGAGGCAACACAGAGUGGCAGUUUGUCAGCAAUAAUAAACAGUAUUUGCACAUUGUAUUUUUUGUUCUUUUACCCUGCCAGACAGAUCUUUAAGUGUCAUUCUCCAGUCCCCGCCUCACUUACAGCAAUAUUGUCCAUCUCUGUUGCCUCAAAAAGUUUCCCUUUAUAAACAUCCGCCAUGAAAACUUUACAAGGAUAUAGUGUGUAAAAGCUUUUUAUUUAUGUUGUUGGUUGACUUUUUGGUGUCUUCUGCCUCGUUUUUACUCUUUUGUCCUAUGCAUCCAGUUUGUUUUCUAACUUUGAGUGGAUAUUAACAAAAAAAGUGUAUUUAUUUCUUAAUUUAUGCGUGUGUGACUAUCCAAAGGUUUGGAGCAGCUUUGCUUGCUGUGUCAUCUUGGAUAAUCAGUUGGUCUCCUCUGGGUUUGUUUUGUGUGAUGUCAAAUAUUAAAGAUGUUAAAGAUAUCGGAUACAUGCUGAUACUGUUUUGAAAGGCAAUAUAACAUCUGAGAUAAUUCUUUGCGGUUGAGUUUGUAAGUAGACAAGGUCACUAGUCGUUUUGUUACGCCUGCUGUUUUGUGCUCUUGUAUUCUAUUAAUUUGUCUGUUUUUAAGUCCUGUAUUAACUGAUGUUUUUUUGAAUUUGUGGAAAAUGUGCAAAUAGACUGGACUACCUUCCUCAACUGUGUAGGGGUGUUGAAGUUUCUCUCUUGUUUUGUUUUACUUUUUAUUUUCUGCAGCCUUCUGCUGCUGUGCUAACUGAGUUUAUACCCUCUUUAACUCUGAUUGUGUGUCUGAUCAGCUUGUAGUCUGUAACCUGCUGUUUGUACUCACUUUGGCCUCUAUGUGGCACUCUGUGAAUCAGGGUUUCUUAAAUCAAAUUAAAGACAUUAAAAAUAAA